AUGUUUGCUAAGGCGUUGUGUUUAUUCGCACUUGUCACAGUUGCAGUUGCCCAACACGGGCAUGGUCAUGGGUCUGCCUACUCCUCUCAGCAUGUUUCUCGUCAUGACGGACAUGCAGAACCUAUAAAGACACAUGGUGGAUAUGGUCAUGGUCACGGUCAUGAGCAUGUUGACUAUUAUGCAUAUCCCAAAUAUGACUUUGAAUACAAAGUAGAAGAUCACCACACCGGCGACAUCAAGUCCCAGCACGAGAGCCGCGACGGCGACGUAGUGAAGGGAUACUACGCUCUGCACCAGCCUGAUGGCUCUGAAAGAUCAGUGCAUUAUCAUGGUGAUGACCAUACCGGAUUCCACGCUGAUGUCAAAUAUGACACUCAUCACCUGUAUUCUAAACAUCAUCAU